UUAACACAAUUUCAUUGCUGUCAGACUUUGAAGAUGGCGUCGUCUCCGACCAAAACUUCAACAUUAAAAAAGGAGAAAAAAGACGAAUCCUUCCUUGAAAAAGUCACAACACUCGGGAGGAGGAAAAAGAUAAAAGACCUUAAAGAAGUGAAUGAUCUGAAUCAAGAUGGAAAGAUUUCCAUUGAUACACCAGGAAGUCCUGUCGAACUCACAGCCGAUAACUUCAUCCUUGAGAAUGGUGAGGAGAGGUCCAUGAUUGAACCGGACUCUAGGGAUGAUGCCAAACUCAAGGAACUUAUUCAGGUUUUGAUGGACUGGAUCAAUGAAGAACUGAAGGAACAGCGAGUCAUAGUCCGAGAUCUAGAGGAAGAUUUACACGAUGGUCAAAUCCUUGGAAAUCUCAUAGAGAAACUUGCUGGCAUCAAGCUAGAGGUACGUGAAGUGAUGCAAUCUGAGGUCUUCCAGAAGCAGAAACUUCAGGUUGUUCUGGACACUGUCAACAAAAUCAUGAAUCUACCUAGAUGGAAUCAACAGAAAUGGAGUGUAGAUGGUAUCCAUUCAAAGAAUCUUAUAGCAAUUCUUCACCUCUUGGUGGCGCUAGCAUUUCACUUCAAGGCACCCAUCAGAAUUCCUGAAUAUGUGUCGGCAAAGGUCGUUGUAGUUCAGAAAAAAGAUAAUUUGCUUGUCACAAAUCGGGUCACGGAAGAUAUUACGACUACAAAUGAAGCAAUCGGUGGUAGAUUUGAGAGGGAUGCUUUUGAUACUCUGUUUGACCAUGCUCCUGACAAGCUCAAUGUAGUCAAAAAGUCUCUCAUUAGUUUUGCCAACAAGCAUCUUAAUAAAAUCAACUUUGAAGUCAGCGACCUCGAUAGUCAGUUUCACGACGGUGUUUACUUCAUCUUGUUAAUGGGUCUUCUUGAGGGGUACUAUGUACCUCUCUACAACUAUCACGUCACGCCAACAGUGUUUGAAGAAAAGGUCCACAAUGUCAACUUUGCUCUGGAUCUGAUGGACGACGCGGGUCUUCCGAAAGCUAAAGCUAGAGCAGAGGAUGUCGUCAACCAGGACCUGAAAUCCACAAUGAGAGUCCUGUAUAACAUAUUCACCAAGUACAAACACCUGACAUAGGAACAACAGGGGGUGCUUUAUCCUUAGCAACUUAGACUACAACUCUUGCCUGUCACUAGAGGGCGACAAAUAGCCAAUCUUGUACAUAACAAUAUAUUCAUGUGUAUAAAAAACAAAUUGUUUUAGUUCUUUUAGUUAUCAUGAAGCAUAUUAUUUUGUGGUGUCUAAGUCAUUAACAAUAUUGGAAAUAAUAACAUGCCUAAGUUCCACAUGAUGGAUUGGGACGUCGUCAGUCGAUAACAUCUUUGCAUAACUACAAAGUAUAACCUGACAUUUUUACCAUCAUGUUACUGGGCCCAAUUUCAUGGCUCUGCUUGCUGCCACAUUCUGCAUUUGAGAGCACCAUUCUUCGCUUAUAGGACAAGCAGUAGUGGUGUAAGCAAAGAAUUCCUAGUAACAUGGACUAAGCAGAAAUUCCCUGCUAACCUGUGAAAUCUGCUUGACGUAAGUGCGGAAUUCGCUGCUUCCGUAAGCCCUGAUUAUUUGCUUAUGAAUAGCAGAGCCAUGAAAUUGGGCCCUGUAAGUAUGUAGGUGUCUUCGGACUAGGGUUAGUGAUGAUUUCCUCAUUUUGACUGUGUUACCCAUGUUUACAAAAAGAGUGACCUUGUAUGUUCCCGCUCAUUUCCUGGCAGGCAAGAUACUACACUGGUGUUAUGGAAACAUGCACACUGUGUGUCAUAAAUUCAACAUAAUUAUAAAAGAUAAACAGCUGGGUUCAAUUCCAUAGAGCACAAAAAAGUAGCUAAGCACAAAACAAUUAUGCUUACAAGAAUAAGGUUACCAACCAAUAUACUAUCUCACAAGUACUAUCUGUUGCUGGUAUCCUGCUUAUUUUUGCUAAGCAGAAUUUUUAAAGCAGGCAGCUCUAAGAAAUUGGCCCCUGGACAAGUCUUGAGAGGUGCCUGCCUUCCUUCAUACCAAAAUUUGAUAAAAAAGACAGUUCAAUCUCAAUGAAUAAUACAAUUUGUAUGUGCUCUUAGGAUUUGAGCUGUGUAAAAACCAUGCCUGCAGAAAGUCCAUAGGCUCUGUGGCUCGUUUGUAAACAUGUGAUGUCACAGGUCACAUGGUCUAUGCCCCCAUUCUUUCAGGUUGUAGAUGAAGCAGUUGAAAAACAUUUAAAAUGUUGAUACUCAUUUUAAUGUUUAAAAUUGUCACAAUUUAUCAGUAAUGUAUGUGCCCAAUCUAAAGAAAACAUAGUGCUUUAGUCAGUUCUCAACUGCGCUGCAUGAACUAACUCUAAAGUAGCUUAAAUACGCGUAGUUGACUCAUUCUGAUUUUGAUUAUUUAAUAUUUAUACUAAUCUUUCUGAUGAUAAAAACAAUUAUUGUUUUAGGUUAUAAUGUAUUAAAUAAUUAUUAUUGUAUUAAAUAAUGAUUAUAUUUUUGGACAUUUGGGUUUCUUUUUCAGUAAGGGAAUAAUUAAAGGCAGGGUAUACCUUUGGUUGAUGACCAUAAAACAAAAAUUAUUUGGUAAAGAGCACUCUGAAGAGCUGUUGAUAGUAAAACAAAAAACACUGUUUGAAUUGACACCCAUUGAAGUAAAUUGUUGUUUUAGAGAAAGACUUGAUUCUUAACACAGAAGUUUAUCUGAAAAGGGCUACAGGCAUGAAGACUUUCUCGGGCGACUAAAAGACACAAUUCUAUGCAACAAAAGUUUUUUUUUUCUUUCAUUAUUUUCUUGCAACUUCGAUGCCCAAUUGAACCCAACUUUGCACAUUUUGUUAUGCACUUAAUAGGAUACUGGUCUU